AUGGCCAGAACAAUCACCAACGCAACCACUUGUGGCCCCUGGAUUCCUAACCAUGGUGUCAUCGCUGGUUACAUGACACCGCAGUGGGGGCUUGUCACCCAGGAGAACUGGACGAUAGAAAUUGAAAAACUUGUGGUAGCUGGAAAUACAACACUCAUCGGUGUCUUUUCGAUUGGUCUACUGAGAAUCAUCACUUCGAUCAAUAUAAAUGCUAUCACCAGAGCAGUCUGCGGCGACGGCUAUUGCGAUGCCGCCCAAAAUGAGACCUGUGUGACUUGUCAGGCCGACUGCAAGGCUUGCAGUCUAGAAGCUCGCAUCGCCGGUGCCAUCAUUGCGGUUGUCAUCCUCAUCGUUCUCGCCAUCGGUGCAACGGGUCUGUUCUUUUAUCGACGGAGCCGUCUUGCCUUGUGGGACAAUUCAUGGAUUAUCACAAAGGACAGGGUCACAAUCAUUGAACAAGACAAGCCUAAGGCCAGUCAACCUUUGCCCAACGAUAGCCAGGAGGAUCUAGAUUACUGCGAAACAGAGGCGUCAUUUGUCUACGGGAGGAUAGGGGAGGCGCUGGUUUCCAUCAAGUUUAUCGAGCGGGAGAAUUUUAUGCUGACAAAAAAGAUUCGCCAGGAGAUUAAAUCCAUUCGGUGA